AUGAUUCAGUUCAGUAAACCAAGGAAGCUUGUCAACCGUACCAAUCCGGUAACGAGACUCUUCUCUUCCUAGCGUAAACAUAGCAACUUGAAGCAAACAAAAACUCUGUCUCGUCUUCACGUCUCGCUAGUCGUUGCAAACUUUAGGGGGUGUUCCCGGGGUUUCGAAAACAGUUGUUAACAGCCAUGGUGAAGUGUUGUAGUAGUUUGCCAAAAGCGAGGGAGACAGCUGUAUUCGUAGACUAGUGGUGUGGAAGUUGUUUAGUGUCUCUUUACUCUCAUUAUGUUAUUUGGUCAUCGUAUUAAGUACAAGUUAUUAAUGAGUUAACUGUCACUGUUGUACCCCGCAUUCAAUUAAUUUUGUUCGUCAUGCUAGCCCGCAAACAUGCUAAUUGUGGAAUUUAGUGCUGGUAGAUAGGAUAGGAGGAUGUUCUCUGCAAUGCAACAGAAACCUUACUGAUAGAUGAACUAAUGGUUCUUGUUUCAUCAAUGUCAUCAGGGAGGUCGUUUCAUGAGCACCACCAUGUUCGAUGCGCGCGAGGCCCUAAUCCACGGCAGUGUGUAUGAUCGACAGAUACCCCAUGCACCCAUGGACCCCGCAGCCUUCCACGACGCCUACAGUUACACCCAUGACCGUAUGGGCUACAUCGGUGCCGAGCGGGCCAUCCCCCCUGCUGCAGCCGCUAGGAUCCCCGUACCCGUGGGAAUGUUUAUCCCCCCUGUACCGCCCCCACAUCACAACUACUUUGGACAGGUAUGAUUGUUUGCUGUUGGUCUCCCAUGUAGUUUUUAUUGUUGUUAAAAGCUGUAUCACUAGAAAGUCAGUGAAAAUGACUGCGGGAUGACAUGGACUAACUGAGUUUCGCAGAUGACCAUGGUUUCCUUACGUCGCGAGAUAUGUUUGUCGGAAGUGCUUUUCAGUUCAACUUUUCUCCGUCAAAACCUUGCUUUUCCCUGAAAUCUACCUUUGAAUUCAUAUUUCGUGGCACCACGGCAAACCGAAUAUGAGUAUUUAAUUGAAGGUUAUAACAGAAGUUAACAUUUCUUAGACGUAGAUACUAACAAUACAAGUCACGUUUCAGCGAAAAAUAAGUAAGAAACAACAAUACUGUACUUGACAUUACAGAAAUUUCAGUCAAGAAAAGGCCUUACCGUCUUAGAAUUCUUCCAUCCUAGACAUAAUUAGCUGGUUUGUCAACGUAAAAGGCCUUUGAAGGUGACUUUUGGGAACAGACUGCAAUCCAUAUUUCGACUCCUCCCUACAGGAGCCCCGACCAGAGACCGCUAAAUUUGGGGUAUAGACAAUAUGCCACGGACUAUACCCACUAGACGCACGAUUUACCGGCAACGUUAUUCCUUUUGUCACGUUACUUGAAAUUUAAACCGCCCCAUACUUGUAGCGCAUAUAGACGAACUAAGAACUUUCAGAAAUCGACAGCGAGUGUUGACUUCACAGCGAAUGUGAGCGCGACAACCUCGUUCCCAGCGCUCUCUCACGAGGAUGCGCGAGUGAAAGCACAACUCAACAACGGACUAUGUCGUUUUCAUAUCGGGAAGUGAGUUCGGUCGGAGCCGAAGAGCCGAACUCUGUCAACGCAAAGUGAGCGAGUGACACAUUUGCAUAUUAAUAUCGGAACCCUUUGGAUACUCGUCGGGUAUCCACGUGUUAAAAACCGAGUUUCGCGAGGGUUUAUGCGAGUUACGUAUGGGCUGCCAUUCGUUUGAUAUCUUGGCUAAUUGCAUGUUGUCGUAUCUAAUUGUUCUUUUUGUUGUUUCUCCUAGCCUCUCGCUGGUCGCAUGCCACAUGGCCGUCCCGUUCAGCAGCCCCGUCAACGAAACCAACGAAACCAUCACCCGCAUCAGCCAAUGGCUUAUGCCCCUCACAUGCCAGCCAGCCAGGCAAGCCAGGUAGGACCAACUUUCUUACAGUACAGACAGAAAUUGAUGCGAGAUAUUGCUUUUUUGCUCAAUGCUUGAGUUGUUUUCUUCUUGACAGGACGCUUCCCAGCCUCUGUCCCAGGGUCCGCUAACUCAAGGUGGCAUGUCCAUGAGCCAGCCCAUGGCCUCACAGCCCCUGUCCCAGCCGGACUUGUCUCAAGACAGUUACCUAGGAGACGAUUUCAACCUGAAAUCCCAGGCAGACGCGGUUCUUUCCCAGGACUCCACCUACCAGGGGGAGAGGGGAGGUUACAUGAACUCCCUACCAGACUACUCCCAGCCAAACUAUGCCUCCCAAUACUGA